UCCAGGAAGUUUUGACAGUACAUUUUUGUUGCCAGUGGGACUGUUGUGAAAAUGGCGGCGUCUCGUCGCCCGUCUCAGCAGCAACAGCAGAGCAUUUCCUCGCCACCACGCAGUACGUCUCUUUCCCUCACUCCUCCAGGGUCUCCUCCAGUUCCCGGUGGUGGAGUAAUUUCUGCACCCGCAGGUGCUGAACUAGACAGCGCCGGGGAUCCCGAGUUAGCUCCGGCCUCCCAUGAUAUCCCCGCCCCGACCCUGAGCAGUAGCAGCAGCACUAGCUCCACUACUGGGGGUGGCAGCAGCGCUGGCUCUAGUCCUGACUCAGGUAGCAUUAGCCCCGGGGGCGACGGCUGUGGGACAAGUGGGGCUUUCAGAGAAUUGUUUGAAGCCUGUCGCAAUGGGGAUGUAUUGCGUGUGAAGAGGCUGGUGGAUACGGUUAACGUGAAUGCUAAGGACAUGGCUGGGCGAAAAUCUACACCGCUACACUUUGCUGCAGGAUUCGGUAGGAAGGAUGUUGUGGAGCACCUCCUUCAGACAGGGGCCAAUGUCCAUGCCCGUGAUGAUGGGGGUUUAAUCCCUCUGCAUAAUGCCUGCUCCUUUGGCCAUGCUGAAGUGGUCAGCCUGCUCUUAUGUCAGGGCGCCGACCCAAAUGCCAGAGACAACUGGAACUACACGCCCCUCCAUGAAGCAGCCAUCAAGGGCAAAAUUGAUGUGUGCAUAGUGCUGCUCCAGCACGGAGCCGACCCCAACAUCCGCAACACGGACGGCAAGAGUGCCCUGGACCUGGCCGACCCGUCCGCCAAGGCUGUGCUCACUGGUGAAUACAAGAAGGACGAGCUCCUGGAGGCUGCUAGGAGUGGAAAUGAAGAGAAGCUCAUGGCGCUGCUUACCCCGUUAAACGUCAACUGCCACGCAAGCGACGGCCGCAAGUCGACAUCUCAAAAAAUGCUGUCCACCCCGCUCCACCUGGCAGCCGGCUACAACCGGGUCAGAAUAGUCCAGCUGCUGCUACAGCACGGCGCCGACGUCCACGCCAAGGACAAAGGAGGUCUGGUUCCUCUUCACAACGCUUGUUCCUAUGGCCACUUUGAAGUCACGGAGCUGCUGCUGAAGCACGGCGCGUGCGUGAACGCCAUGGACCUGUGGCAGUUCACCCCUCUACACGAAGCCGCCUCCAAGAACCGCGUGGAGGUGUGUUCUCUGCUGCUGAGCCACGGGGCAGACCCCACCCUGGUCAACUGUCACGGGAAGAGUGCCGUGGACAUGGCCCCCACGCCAGAGCUCAAAGAGAGACUCACCUAUGAGUUUAAGGGCCACUCUCUGCUCCAGGCAGCCAGGGAGGCAGAUGUAGCCAAAGCCAAGAAGACCCUUGCUCUGGAAAUCAUCAACUUUAAACACCCGCAGACCCACGAGACGGCGCUGCACUGUUCAGUGGCCUCCCCUCACCCCAAGAGGAAGCAGGUCACAGAGUUGCUGUUACGUAAAGGUGCCAACGUCAACGAAAAAAACAAAGACUUCAUGACCCCCCUCCACGUGGCUGCUGAGAGGGCCCACAAUGACAUCAUGGAGGUGUUGCAGAAACACGGAGCCAAGAUGAACGCCCUGGACACCCUGGGGCAGACGGCCCUCCACCGAGCCGCCAUGGCAGGGCACAUCCAGACCUGCAGACUGCUGCUGAGCUACGGGGCAGACGCCUCCAUCCUGUCACUACAGGGCUUCACCGCCUCACAGAUGGGCAACGAGGCCGUGCAGCAGAUACUCAAUGAAAAUGUCCCAGUGAGGAACUCUGAUGUAGACUAUCGUCUCCUGGAGGCAGCUAAAGCUGGAGACCUAGACACUGUGAAGUCGUUGUGCUCUCCGCAGAAUGUGAAUUGCCGGGACCUGGAGGGUCGCCACUCGACGCCGCUGCACUUCGCCGCCGGCUACAACCGUGUCUCGGUGGUGGAGUACCUGCUGCACCACGGUGCCGACGUCCACGCCAAAGACAAGGGAGGUCUGGUGCCCCUACAUAAUGCCUGCUCCUAUGGUCACUAUGAGGUGGCUGAGUUGCUGGUGAGACACGGGGCGUCUGUGAAUGUAGCCGACCUGUGGAAGUUCACCCCUCUCCACGAAGCUGCGGCCAAGGGCAAAUACGAGAUCUGCAAGCUGCUCCUCAAGCACGGGGCGGACCCUACCAAGAAGAACCGCGAUGGUAACACUCCUCUGGACAUGGUCAAGGAGGGCGACACGGACAUCCAGGACCUGCUCAGAGGAGACGCCGCCCUGCUGGACGCUGCCAAGAAGGGCUGUCUGGCCCGAGUCCAGAAACUCUGCAGUCCGGAGAACAUCAACUGUAGGGACACACAGGGACGCAACUCCACCCCCCUGCACCUUGCUGCUGGCUACAAUAACCUGGAGGUAGCGGAGUACCUGCUGGAACAUGGAGCGGACGUCAACGCCCAGGACAAGGGCGGCCUCAUCCCCCUCCACAACGCUGCUUCCUAUGGGCACGUGGAUAUCGCUGCCCUCCUAAUAAAGUACAACACGUGUGUGAACGCUACAGAUAAAUGGGCCUUCACCCCGCUACACGAGGCGGCCCAGAAAGGCCGGACUCAGCUGUGUGCUCUGCUUUUGGCCCACGGAGCUGACCCUACGAUGAAGAAUCAGGAAGGACAGACUCCACUGGACCUGGCUACGGCCGACGACAUCAGAGCGCUGCUGAUCGACGCCAUGCCUCCGGACGCCCUGCCCAGCUGCUUCAAGCCCCAGGCCACGGUGGUCAGCGCGGCGGUGGUCAUCUCUCCGGCGUCCACGCCGUCCUGCCUGUCGGCGGCCAGCAGCCUGGACAACCUGGCCGCGCCCCUCAGCGAGCUCACCGUGGCGGGGGCGACCGGGCCCGCCGACGGCGCCUCCGGGGCGGAGAGGAAGGAAGGAGAGGCCAUCCUUGACAUGAACAUCAGCCAGUUCCUGAAAAGCCUGGGGUUGGAGCACCUGCGCGACAUCUUGGAGAGGGAACAGAUUACUCUGGACGUCCUAGCCGAUAUGGGCCACGAGGAGCUGAAGGAGAUUGGGAUCAACGCUUAUGGUCACCGUCACAAACUCAUCAAAGGCGUCGAGAGACUCUUAGGAGGACAGCCAGGCGCCAACCCAUACCUGACGUUCCACUGUGCCAGUCAGGGGACGGUUCUCAUUGACCUGGCCACUGACGAUAAAGAGUUCCAGUCUGUAGAGGAGGAGUUGCAAAGUACCAUCCGAGAGCACCGAGACGGAGGCAACGCGGGCGGAGUCUUCAGCCGGUACAACAUCCUGAAGAUCCAGAAGGUGGUGAAUAAGAAGCUCAGGGAGAGGUACUCCCACAGGCAGAAAGAGAUCGCUGAUGAGAACCACAACCACCAUAAUGAACGCAUGCUCUUCCACGGAUCCCCGUUCAUCAACGCCAUUAUCCAUAAGGGUUUUGACGAACGGCAUGCCUACAUCGGGGGCAUGUUUGGAGCGGGCAUCUAUUUCGCUGAGAACUCGUCCAAGAGCAACCAGUACGUUUACGGGAUAGGAGGGGGCACGGGUUGCCCCACACACAAAGACCGCUCCUGUUACAUCUGCCACAGGCAGAUGCUGUUCUGCAGGGUGACCCUCGGUAAGUCCUUCCUUCAGUUCAGCGCCAUGAAGAUGGCCCACGCCCCCCCCGGACACCACUCCGUCAUCGGCCGACCGAGCGUCAACGGACUGGCCUACGCCGAGUACGUCAUCUACAGGGGAGAGCAGGCAUACCCCGAGUACCUCAUCACCUAUCAGAUCCUGAAGCCAGAGAGCACGCCGUCUCCCGCGGCCGGAGCAGAACAGAAGUCCUAGUCCGGACUCAACCGGACCAACACCCACCACAGAGAGCCGAAAACACUUAACGCAUUCUGGGCUGAGCCGGGAGGAACCCCAGCCCCUUAACCCCCACACCUAUGGAAAGGUCAUCUCCACACUUGUUGUUUUAAAGUUGGAUCUCAUUCACUCUAAAUGACCAGUUCUGAUCAACAUCUACUCGUUUGUUUCCCAUUACUUUUUACUUUUUUCCCAGACCUUUUUGAGUAUUUACUUCUAAAAUGUUGCCUUCACAGGGAAAUCUCUCGAGUUGUGUUGUCUCCACCUAGUGGCCGUGUGUUGUCUCCGCUCAUGGUUGCCUUCGUUGUCACUGGCAACAGCCAUGCGGAGAGAACCCAGCAUAUAAAGGUUAGGUUCUGUCAGAUGCAGGCUAUUGGUAACAGUUAAAGUUUGUGACGGGGACUCCAAGCUCAUUGGAUAACAGUUAAGUUUAUUGACGGGGACUUAAAGCUCAUUGGAUAACCGUUAAGGUUAGUGACGGGGACUCCAAGCUCAUUGGAUAACCGUUAAGGUUAGUUACGGGGACUCCAAGCUCAUUGGAUAACAGUUAAGGUUAGUGACAGGGACUCCAAGCUCAUUGGAUAACCGUUAAGGUUAGUGACAGGGACUCCAAGCUCAUUGGAUAACCGUUAAGGUUAGUGACGGGGACUCUAAGCUCAUUGGAUAACAGUUAAGGUUAGUGACGGGGACUCCAAGCUCAUUGGAUAACAGUUAAGGUUAGUGACGGGGACUCCAAGCUCAUUGGAUAACAGUUCUGUUCAGAGAUGAGGACUUAUGCCAGUCUGUUUUUACCAGAAUGUCCACUGCCCCAGUGAGGCUCCUAUAGCUGUUGCCCAGGAAGGUAGAGAUCAGGGUGGCUGAACUAGCAGCCUCCCUCCCAGCCCUGUCCUCCACAAGCCUGGUAGGGGAAGCUACAGUAUACACACCCUGGACCCACGUCAGUGGAUCUGAAAAGACAACCUUAAGUUUCAGCUCACUAAUAUUUGAAGCAGGAACUCAUCAAAAUCACUCCUAAACUACACUUUGUGUGUUGUGUAUUAUUUUACUGUGAUGUUUUCAUGAUUGUUUUACUCUAUUGUUUAGACUACUUUUUUUUUUUUAUUGAUGUGUACUCUAAUGGGACCAUGUCACAACACCUGGUUAUUUUUUCAAGCCUUUGUAUUUAAGCUGAGAUAUUCCUUUCUGGGACCUGGAUUUGAUGGGAAGUCCUCUGAAAGGUUUCAGACUGGGAACAAACAGCAAGUUGGACUCGAAUGGCGUUCUAUGAAGAUGUAAACGCGCUAUGAGAAAUAUAUGAUCGUGACUCUUACUAUUCUUGUUAUUAUUAUUAUAACAUUACUUGCACAAAAAACACAGAAAAUAUGACAUUUCAUGACCAUUACCCAUCCAGUCAGUCAUCUUUUAAUGGAUUUGCACUUUUAAACGGGAAUGAUUUUUAAGUUAUUUGAAAAUGUAUUGAAAAUAACAUUUAAAAAAUGUCCAGUAUUGUACAGUGGGAAGCGGACGAUGCCUUUGUAUAGCUCACCAUGUUGUUAGAGUGGAAGAGUAAGGAGUAGGCUUUAUGAGUACUGUAAACCAAGUGGGGAUUUUGGAUCUUCUAUUCUUUGGGCUUUUUUUUCUGGGGCAAAGUAGAUUUUUUUUGGUUUAGUGAGACGCAUUUGUACCCACUUAAGAUUGUACGUAUAUGAAGAUUUCUCAACUGUGUUUCAGUCUUUUCUUGGCCCCUACAACGUCCUUCGAAGUGCUCGGCCGUCUCCGAGAACUAAACAAUAGUGUCUCUUUGUUCCCACUGGAUUUGUCAGCCGUCCUCUGGGAAAUAAUGUUGCAGUGAGCGAAGCGGUCUGACAGGGCUGCCAGUGCUCUGGGCAGAGUCUCUCUAGCUGGAAGUCAUCAGUGUCCUGCCAGUGUGGUGCUGGGCUGUCCCCCGCUACUUCAGAGAUCCACUGCUAUCAGCACUCUGUAACGGCCUGCGCUCCCAUCUGAAUGUUAACUCAUCUGUUGUUACACCAUAUGGAACCCUAGUCCCUACAUGGUCCACUUCUCAUCAUUAGUGCCCUACUGGCCUGCUCAUAGGGAGUGCGCUAUGUAAGGAGUAAGGGGUAUUUCGGGAUGUAACCAUUUCGCCUUCCUUCAGACCAACAGCACCUAGAGAGCCUCAUUGCCUCUAUCUACUUCCUACUACACUUAUCUUGUUUUUCAACCGUUCAUUUUGUUUUCCUGGUGCUGAAAGAUCCUGCAUUGAUGAAAUACUUACUGUCUUGUUCGACAGCUGAUCUGCCGUCUCAUGUAACCCCCUCAGUCUUGUAAAGUCUUAAUAAAGUACAUCACUGUUCACAUCC